AUGUCUGCAUCCAGCACUGUCGACAACUCCGUUAGACGGGUUGCCUGUGUUGGUUGCCGUCAACAAAAAGUUCGUUGCACCGGAGAUCGAGAUGGUCCCUGUGAGCGGUGUGCUAAAAGAAACAUCGCGUGUGUGAUCGACGUUGAAUAUAAACGAACUGCCAAAAGAAAGCGCAUGCAGCAGCUGGAGACCGAAAUGGAGGAGCUCCGAAAGCAGAUCGCGGAGGAAAAGGCCAAUGCAACUGUGGUCACCGCCAAUACCUCAGACAGUACCCCAGAGGCACAUGAAGCCCACCAGCGGGUCUUUGCUGUUCCUGACGGUCUUCCUAGAGCAUCCUGGACGCCUCCGGUUUCUCGCUCAGUGACCCCGCUUUACAAAGAUGGCGACGAUCUCCAAGGCAUAAAUCUCGCUUGCUCGGCAAAGCAGUAUAGUGAGACCACUCUUGAGCCUGAUGUCAUUGGCAAGCUUUUUACCGAAUAUGUCAAGUUCUACCAUCCGAUUUUGCCUGUUGUCGACGUAUCGCAGGGCCCAGAAGCCCUGUACAAUUUAAGCAUUCCUCUAUUCUGGAGCAUCAUGGCAGUGGCAAGCAGGAGAUGCUUCGAGGGUGUUCUUUUGACAAAACUGUCCACCAUCCAAAAAAGCUGCUUGGCCGAAGUAGCCGUUAGCCCUGUGAUUCGCAAUGGACCCUCUGGGUCCCGAUUCAAUUUGCCUAGCGUGUAUGCUGUACAGGCGUUUUUGAUAUGUACAUUGUGGCCUCUUCCUACAUCAUCUAUCAAUGCUGACUCGAGUUGGAAUACCAGUGCUAUCGCAUACUCAACAGCAAUGCGUGCUGGUCUACAUUUCCCUGGCUAUGAGCGUGAUUUCAGUCGAAUCAGUCGUUCCAGUGACGUGACAGCCAGCGCAAAGAAAAGCGAACAGUGUGCGACUUGGCUCGCUACAACUGCUGUUGCUCAGCUGGUUGCUGGAAUGUUUGGGUUCCCAUCGAUUGUGACUUUUAACAAAGUCCAGGACUACAAAGCGUUUGACGUGCCACCAGCCAUUGUGCAGUUGUAUUCUAUCGAGUCGUUGGCAAGAGAAAUUCAAGAAUCACUGAGCACUUAUGGAAAAAGCUUGCUGUCUGAUGCGCUUGGGCAGCGAAUGAGUUUAUCGCGGCUCUUGUCAAGCCGUUUAGAUGAGCUCGAGGCCCAGCUUGAAGGAGAGCUUAACGACAUGACAUUGUUCAACCUCUUGGCAGUCAGAGUUGGACUUUAUUCUUACUAUUUUUUCAGAAGUAAAGACGUUGAGCCAAGAGAAACGCAAAAGGGGUUUUUGGCCGCCUAUAACGCGAGCCUGUGUUUGAUGGAUCAUGUGGUGAAAGCCUCGCAACGCAACGAGAACUUUAUGCUUUAUAUGCCCCAAGUGUAUGUCCAAAUACUUUGGCAAGCAUCCGUUAUUGUUGCUCGUCUUUAUUACUCAGGCUGGUCCUCGCUAUUUGACAAAAGACGAGGAAAGGAGCUAUACUUCACCGUAGCAGACCUCCUCGGUCGUGCAUCAGUGCUCGAGCACGAUGUAGCUUUCCGGGCCGCAGAAAUCAUGACCCAGAUGUGGCAGGUAUUCAGUGUUAUGGCCGCUGAUAAGAAGCCUGCAGUCAUUGAUGCCAAAGUGACCAUUGGCACCCGAGGAUCCGCCAGUGUAUUUUUCGAUUGCUUAUGGACAAUGCGAUCCGAAUGUGAGAUUUUGUCCCAGGCUCCCACCGAACUUGUUCAUCGAAAGAGCGUUUCGGGUGAUAUCCAUGCCCUAGACAAGAUCUCGCAACAUGCUACUUCGGCCAUUCGGCAGCAGCCAUUGCGCAACCGCAAGACUACCUUCCGGCAGCCCAACCCCAGCUUCAGCCCUCAGCAAGCUCCAGCCACGUCGCCCCAUGGCACAUUGCUCGCCUCGACAAUGAACCACGCAGUCUCUGAAUGGAAAACCCCGCCAGAGUACUCGACAACUGACUCGACAACCAGAACUCCGGAGCUCGACUGGGACACCCGUGAGGUUUGGAAAGACGUCGACUACAUGAUGGACGACUUUGGAUUCCAGAUGGACGACUUCAUGCGGCUGCCAGGACAUUAG